CGAGAGAUCAUCAAAAUCCAACUAAACAGCUGCAGAAAUCAAAUCCAUCAUGUCGAUUAUUGGCAUUCAAGGCCAAAUUCUUGAGGUCACUGUUGUUGGGUGCAACAAGCUCAAAGACACCGAAUGGAUUUCAAAGCAGGACCCGUAUGUGUGCCUCGAAUAUUCUAGUGCCAAGUAUCGCACUAAAACUUGUACUGAUGGUGGUAAGAAUCCGACAUUCAACCACAAAUUUAAGUUGGAGUUAAUUGAAGGUUAUGUAGAGAUAAAAAUCAUGGUUUGGAACGAGAAUAAAGUUACUUCACACAAAUUCAUCGGCAGUGGAAGAGUUCUAUUGCAAAAGGUUCUUUCUCAGGGAUUCGACGACGACACCUGGCCUCUGCAGACUACUUCUGGGAGAUACGCAGGAGAAGUGAAACUUGUACUGCAUUAUUCUAAUUCCCUUAAACCUUCAACAACAAUAAGCUUUUCUCCAUCAGCAUUGCCAUAUGUAACACAAUCUAUACCUCAAGUCCCUCCGUUCCCUAUACCCCCACCAGCACCUGCCGCUACUUAUGCAGUUCAUUACUCAUCUUCAUGCCCCUAUUCUUCAUACCCUAAUAGUUCCUAUCCCCCCCCCACCUUACCCACCAACUUCAAAUUGUCCUCCACAAGCCUCACACUGUUAUCAUCCCCAACCAAAUCGUCCACCACCUCCACAAGCCUCACACUCUUAUCCUCCCCCACCAUACCCUCCAACAUAUGCUAACCCUCGACCACCUCCACAAGACUCAGCCUAUUAUCCUCCAGGUCCUUAUAGUGAGUAUCGUUGACCACUAUUGUGAAAUUCAAUUCACGCAAGAUUUGAGAAGAUCGAAGAGAGAAAUCAACAUGGAGACUAUGAGCCGACUUCAACCACCACCAAACUAUGAGUGAACUCAGAUGUGUUUACAUACAAUAGAAUAAUGAAAGCAUAUUAUUGUUGAAGCAAAAAAUGAAACACUUGGUAUGGGAUAGAGAAUUUACUCAUGCUCAAGAAUGCAAUCAAAAAGCAUUCUAUGUACAUACC